AAUAGAUCGUAAUUGUCGUUCAAAAUGGUAGAUCUCGAUUUGAUUAGAGAAUACUUUAGUAUGCAAGUUAACGAAAUAAUUUGUUGGUGGUGGUAUUACAUUAAAGAAAUUUCAUGGCAAUUGUUAAUAGCUAUUGUCGCGUACCUUUGCGUUUGUAUUUUUCUCUAUUCGAUCUUGAAGAAAGUUAGCCACACAGCGUGGCAGCUUCCAGGUCCGCCUGCCAGAAUAUUGUUAGUCACGGCUCAUCCUGAUGAUGAAGUCAUGUUCUUUGGACCACUAUUAUAUUGGAUCACAAAAUCAAAGACUAGCGAAAUUUAUUUACUAUGUCUUAGCAAUGGUGGAGACAAAAGAAGAAAAGGAGAAUUAUGGGAUUGUGCAAAAAUAUUAGGAAUUCCAGAAGCUAAUGUGACUAUAGUAAUGAGCACAGAGUUACCUGAUGAUCAAAAUGUACAAUGGCCAACAGAGGUAGUGGCAGAAUGUAUUUUACAACACCUAGAGUGUUAUAAAAUUAAUGCAGUAGUAACAUUUGAUAAGUAUGGCAUAAGCCGUCACAAAAAUCAUAUCUCCUUAUAUUAUGCCAUAGCUGCAUUAUGUAUAGAAAAAAAAGUACCACACUAUUGUAAACUAUAUGUGUUAGAAUCUGUGAAUAUAAUUAGAAAAUAUAUGCAACUCCUAGAUUUACCAAUUAGUUUAUUAUGUGCUUCAUAUUGGUAUUUAGUGACAUAUGAUCAAAGGAAAGUCAUAAGAAAUGCCAUGACUGCCCACAAGUCUCAAUAUGUAUGGUUCCGGAAGUUGUAUAUGAUAUUUUCGCGAUAUACAUUCAUCAACACUUUACAAGAAGUGAGUGCUCUUGAUUUGGAGUUGGACCUCCAAUUUGAUGAUGAGUAAGUCAUGCUUAGUCAUAAAUUUGUACAAACUGUAAUUAAUUGUACAUAAUAAACCGCGAUCUUUAUCUA